ACAAGACAAUUGACAUUGACAUAUUUUAAAUUUUUUUGGCCGAAAGCGAUUAUUGAUGUUUUAUUUAAAACUUUUACUAUAAAGUGAUUCUGUGAUUUGUUUUCUUAAUAAUUUUUCUCUUCAAUAAUGUCCAAUAAUGACAAUAGUGUUGAAAAUGGGUUAACUAUCCAUGGCACUUGUAUGGAACUGUGUCCAACAGAAGAGGUUACAUUGAGAAUGAAGGAAAAGCUGGUCCAUGUAUUGGAAGUGACCAGUUCUGGGCACAAGUUGGUGAAGAGCUUCUGCCGGUCAGCUGCAAACUCCAACCUAGCUGUGCCUCGGAUGCUGAGACCCUUUGGAGUUCUUUCAGACACUGUACACUAUUUGUUACUUGAGUUAUCAAACAGAACUGAUGUAAAGAUGUCAGUAUUGUAUGACUUUUUGGAUGACCGACUGAGGGCAGUGCGACAAGACAUGACAAUACAAAGACUGCCUCCAGAGCAGUGUGUGAUUCUACUUGAACCCAUGAUUAGGUUCUAUGUUUAUUAUGGCUACAGGUUAUACAAUCAUCCAAUAAGUGAAUAUGAUCCAGUGCUCAACAGAAAACAUCUACUAGAAUGUAUAAAGUGGUUUUUAAACUGCUGUGAUAAAUUGGACAGCACACAGACAGUUCAAUGUGAUAUCAACACCAUCAUUGGAAAUUUUAACUCAUUAGAUAUAUGUAAAACUAGCCCAGAACUAUAUUAUGAUAGGAUUCUUAUAGAAAGUCUGUAUAUACUGUCCAAUUUAGAUGACAUUCAUCCACUGCAUAGGUAUUUGGCUCUACCUGGGCAUGUCAAAAAGGCAUCUGCAUUAAAACUAGCAUAUUAUAUAGCUCUAGCCAAUAUGAACAACAAUUAUGUAAGAGUAUUGAAACUGUCUAAACAUUUGUGUCCGUUGACUUUUUCUGUUCUAAGUUUGUAUCUUCCUACGCUACAGAGGAAAGCCCUACACGCAAUGAGUCACGCAUACAACAGUAAACACCUGGUUGUGCCCGUGGAGGUGCUCAAGCAAUGGCUAGCGUUCAAUACCUUGGAAGAAGUCAGGGCCAUCUGCAUACACUACGGUAUGAGCCUGGUCAGGGAGAAGGACGGGAUUUGCUUCGAGAAGGCCAAAUUUAAAAACAAUGUUGAACAGCAUCGGCAGUUAUGUUUCCAAGCAAAAAUACUACAGUUGAAACUGGACGAAGUCCUUUCAUAUACGAUAUGAAUAUAUGAUUAAACAUAAACUUUAGAAAAAACUUGGAAAUACCCUAAAUAAUGCAUCCUUAGAUGUGCUAAGCUCGGCGCUACAUAUAGCUUAAAAUAUUAAAACCCUGAAUGAAACAAUGUGCACAGGACUUUCAAUCUUUGUUUAAUUAAGUGCAAAAAUAGCAUUUUGCGGAGCGGCGUCUGCGUCGUUUUUAACGUAUAUACAGGAUGUCCCGUAAUUAAUGGAUAAAACGCAAAUACCACCUAAAAUUAAUACCUUACUGAAAACUAAUUUGACUAGUUUUGAAAAAAUCACUAGGGCGACAAAGUUAUAUUUUUUUUUUCAAAUUCUAUCUUGAAUCAGUUUUUUUGAAUGCUGUAGCUGCUACAAUAACAAGUAUACACAAUCCGUAAUCUAAGUUCAAAUGAGUGAAGCUGUAUGUAGAGCUGACAUAAUGGCAAUGAUUUAUAAGCCAAAGAGCAGCAACUAAUAUGCCAUGUGCAGAGGCAGUCUUUUGUUUUAUAUCAUCAUCAACAACCCAUAUUCAGCUCACUUGUGAGCACGAGUCUGCUCAGAAUGAGAGUGACAGGCCUUAGUCCACCACGCCGGGCCAAUGUGGAUUGGCAGACUUCAUUAUAAUUUGUGAUCUCAAUUGUUAUUCUUUUGUUUUAGAUUAGCAUUGUAUUGUUGACUAAAAUAAGAUAUACAGUUUACAGUUCUUAAACUUAAGAAGGUUCUCCGUUGGUGCUACUCUAAGGUACUAAAGAAUAUAUCUGUAUACUAUAACAUUUUAUUUCAUUUAAAAAUUAGUUUAUUUUAUUUAUUUUUAGUGUUAAUAGUACAGUAGUUGGUAAUAGUAAUAGUUACUGUUGUAAUUACAGGCAUAUAAGGCUUAACACUAAAGCCUCAUGUUGCAGGACAUAUUCUUUGCAUGCCCUGUGAAGUGUUUACGUCACCGCAAAAUUGUAAGUAAAUACCGUUAGAAUAUAAUAUACCGCGCGAGAUUGUGAACCGCAACACACUGCUUACAAUUUAACGUGUUAUUAUUCGGUAGAUUGUAAGGAAGAACAUACAAAUAAUAAUAAAGUAUAAGUUCCUCGAUUACAUGUGGUAUUAUUUCAUUAUUUAUGUUAUUGUAGAGACGAGGUAUCAGUGUUGGUAUAAAUUAGAGGAUAUUUGAUGACUUGAGCUCAGUUGUUUGUGAGUCAGCGUAGACACCGUCACGCUGCCAGUCGUGUUGGUGAUUUUGUGCGAUAACGUUUUGUGUUGUAAUUAUUGUUUAUCAUAAAUUGUUUAGUGUGGGCAUGGAUAACAUGUCGGGCAGGGAAGGUGAGCUGAUGCAUUCUAAAAGGAUUCCUUAAACCCACUCUCAAGGUCACAAGUCCUGGGACCUGCUCGAAGUUGUUUCCUCUACCACAAAAUAAUACUGCUACUACUUGUCACGUCACACCUAACCAUUGGUUUCUGAGCCCCUCAAUUUCCGUUUUUUUGGAGUAUGUUGCGGUUCACAAUCUUUUGACAGUUCAUAAUCUCGCGAGAUAGAUUAUAAUCUAACGGGUUUUACAAUUUUACGGUGUCGUUUAUAUGUAAUAGUUUUCACUUGGUCAGGUGGGCGGGGGCCAUAAAUUAUUAUAACUAUAAAAAAAUAUUUGUUGUGAUAAAUAAAACAAGAAAAAUGUAUAAAGGAAUCCUUUAUUUAUUUACAUAAGAAAAUUCACCUAAUUACGCAAUACUAAUUACAUUUGACAACAAAACCUAUCUAAACAGUUGUGUAGCCUCACAACACGGUAAAUUCAAUAAAAUAACAAACCUGCCUCUUACAUAUAUUUUUAUUAGUCACCUCAACACAUUCAUAAACUGUGCUUGUGUACUUUAAAUGAAUGCAAGAUAUAAUUAUUCAGUGUGACAUCACGUCCUUAUUAUUUUUUAUUUUAAUGUAAAGAAUUAUUAUAUUUUGCCAACGUAGCAUAAACAGGGAUAAAAUAUAGAUUAUAGCACUCUGGAUAGUGUAGCUUCCCAACAGUAUAAGAUUUUUUAAAUCGGUUCAGUAGUUUCAAAGUCUAUUCAAUGCAAACAAACAAACAAUCAAAUCUUUUCUCUUAAUAAUAAUAGAUUACCUAAAACACAAAUGGCCUUAUUAUUAAAAUAUGAGUUUAAACGUCAAACUCCAAUUUUAACGUAAAGUGAACUUUGAACAGUAGUGAUUAGGUCCUUUGAAGAAAAUUGAGGUGAAUAUUAAUCCAAGUUUAUGAAUAUACUGUUAAUUCUUAGUUUUAAUCUUUCCUCUUUAUAAAACAUUAGAAUUCAAGUUUAUGAAUAUGGAGGGAAAAAGUGCGAUUUAAAGAAAUUAUUUAAAAUGAUAUCAUGCUUUGAUUCAUAUACAAUACAAAAGUACAAUAUGUAUGUAAAAUGAUGCGUUGAGAUGAGACUAGUAAAAAUAAUUUAAAAUACCGUAGGAGCGACCAUUUUUUUUGUUAUAUACAUAUUAGUUUUUGUUGUUAAAAAUAACGGCGUUAUUUUCGCUGCGUUUUAAAACAUUUUCAUAAGCAGCAUAAAUAAUUAUGAAUAACAGUCAGUUUUGUAUGCAGUGGUGGCCGCCAUUUUCUACACUUUUCACAUUAAGUGAUACUCAAGAUAAUUGAGUGAAAAUUACGAUGUGUACAUAAAAAGGUUUAUUGCUUUAGUACGUAAUUGCAGACUCGAUUUUCCGGACCUCAUUUAUAAGGAUUUGUGAUAUUUCGCGUUCAAAAAAUAAAUGACAAUAUGUCUUGAAAAUUAGCAAGUGCUUUCAGACUAAAGGCGCCAUGUGUACACCUUCGUCUUUUUAUAAAAGCUCAUGCUAUUUCUACUCCUAAACUCACCACAUUUUAAUAUUCCAUAAUUAACUACCGUACUUAAUAAUAAUUAUUGUUGCAUAAUUAACAGUGGAAUUCAUAGACGUUGUAGGACCCAGGGGAUCAUUCAUUCAUUCAGUGGGUGAAUGAUCUCCUGGGGGUGCCUCUAAAACGUCUAUGAAUUCCAGUGUUAGUACGGUAGAUAGAUAGUAUGGACUGACAAACUUUCAGCUUUUGUAAAAGCACGAACGUCUGGUCAGCCAUGUUGGAGCUAUAACAAAAUUGUAUCGUUAUAAGCGUACACUGUGUCAUAUAACAAUUGGUCCGGUUAAUCGAGUCUCCACUGCAAAAUUGCAAUUUCAAUGAUUGCAAUUUUUUUAUUCAUCUCUAAUGAUAAUAAUAAGGGACGAUUCGGUUUAAUGUAGCAGCGCGAAAACUUCGAAGAGGUACAAUUUUUUACAUCCAAAAUCCCCGAUAGGUUUUGACGCUAAUUCACUGGGCUUUGCGUCACUCCAGCUUGCAACUUAUCAUAAUCCUAUGUAAUUUUUGCUGCAGUUAUAAUAACUGAUAAUAAUAUAUUGCAAUUUUGCAGUUAACUUGCGUAGACUAUUAAAUUAUCGCAUGCAUACAUUCAAUUUACAACUAUUCAACAAUUAAUGUCAAUUUUUCGUGGUACUUUGUACCCGAUGUUAAUACAAAUUUUAUAUUUAUCGCAACUUUAUAUUUACCUAUACUAUCAUAGUUUUGUCGAUAUUUUAAUACAAACAAUAACUAGAUUUAGAGACAUCAAUCUAUGGUGCUCUUUAAACUUAACCAAAGUUUGUAACGUAUUUUUAAAUACAAUUAUUUAUAUUUUACAA